AUGAAACUAAAAGUUCAACUAGAUAAUAAAUCAAAUAUUUUACAUUUAGAAAAUAAUAGCAAGCUUUCUGAUCUAGUUCAAAAGAUAUUAGAAACAUUUAAAUCAUCAACCGCCGAUGACGAUCCAGAAGAUAAUAAAUACACUUUAAAAUCUAUUAGAUUUGGUUACCCACCGAAAACAAUUCUUAUUAAGAAUAACACCAACACAAAAAAUGUAAAUAUAAAAGACGAUUCUGAUGAAGAUGCUAGCGAAGAUGAUAAUAAUAUGAGUAAGACACUAAUAGAUUUGGGUAUAAGCUCAGGGGAAAAAAUAAGCGCGGGUUUCGAAAGUGGAAUUGCCAAUGUUAUCUCUAGUAAGGAUGAAAACAAUAUAGCUAAGGUUAAAUUACACACUGUACCAGACGAUAACUCUUGUUUGUUUCAUGCUAUAGCAUACUGUUUAUAUAAACCACACGAUAACUCAGAAUCAGUGAAUUAUGCAAAAAAUUUACGCCAGUUAUGUGCGGAUUAUAUUGUGGCUCACCAAACCGAAUUUAACGCAGCCGUAUUAGGCAAACCAGUUGAGGAAUACAUAAAAUGGAUUACACGUAAUGAUACAUGGGGUGGUGGCAUUGAAAUAGCUAUAUUAUCAAGAAUUUUGCAAGUCGGAAUAUAUGUAUUGGAUGUAGAUAACUUGUCCUUUGACAAAUUUAACGAAGAUUUAGUUAAUGAUAAUGGUUUUAUUUUAAUUGCCUUUAAUGGCGUUCAUUAUGAUGCUAUUGAAUACGAGGGUGCCACGGUUUUAUUUGAUGAAAAGAUAUUGGAUGAAUGCCUAAGCUAUGCCCAUGAAUGGAAACUGCAAGGUUAUACUUUUAAUACUUUUAAUGCAAAAAUAAAAUGCAAUAUUUGCGGCAAAAUACUUAGGGGGGAAAAAGAAGUAUCAAAACAUGCAGAGCAAACCAAACAUUAUGAUUUUGAUCAAAAUCAAUAG